GGCUCCGGCAGGAAGGCGGCGCAGCGGCCCGGUCACCCAGCCGCGGCCAUGAGCUCGGCCCGGGAGUCGCAGGCUCGCCACGGCCUCAAGCGAGCGGCCUCUCCCGACGGCUCCGGCAGCUGGCAAGCGGCGGACCUCGGCAACGAGGAGAGGAAGCAGAAGUUCCUGAGGCUGAUGGGCGCGGGGAAGAAAGAACAUACUGGCCGCCUUGUUAUCGGAGACCACAGAUCAACCUCUCACUUCAGGACAGGGGAAGAAGACAAGAAAAUGAAUGAAGAACUGGAGUCUCAGUACCAGCAGAGCAUGGACAGCACGAUGUCUGGACGAAACCGGCGCCAUUGUGGACUGGGUUUCAGUGAGGUAUUUCAGGAAGGUGAAGAAGAGGCAGCUGGGCAUUCCUCUGACCAUGAGAGUUCAGAGGACUCCGAAAGUGGCUCUGAUUCAGAGCAAGAUGAAUCUGCAGAGGAACUGCAAGCUGCUGAAAAACACGAUGAAGCUGCGGUCCCAGAAAACAAAAAGGAAGCAAAAAGCAAUUAUAAAAUGAUGUUUGUUAAAGCCAGUGGUUCAUAACUGCAGAUGUAACAGCUUUGUAUUUAAAGUACAGUAAGCCUUAUUGUUACAGUGCAAAGUGGAGGACUGCUACAGCACAAAUCUUUGUAUUAUGAUUUUAAGAAGACCCUGCUAGAUGACAAAAAGUAGUGUUUGCUUUCAGUUGCCGUGGGCACAGUGAGAUUCCUGGUUUUUGUAAAGUGUAUAAAAUAAUGGAUGAAGAAAUAAAUUCUUUGUUCCUGCCCAA